GCCCACGCGAUAGGCUUUUUUUAGGCAGGAGAAGAACACAAAGAACAGCAACAAAGAAAUGUUACAGCUAUAGGCCACAUCCCAUCUCAAUCUUCAUUCUUGUAAUGAAAAUUAAGAAUGUUGGGUGGGUCUCGCUCUAUAUUAAGAGACUCUAAUAAUUUUUACCAAUUCACUACUGUUUCUCCACUUACCUCUAAUUCUUCAUUCAAGAAUUUCAAAAUCAGAUUGAGAAACAAGAAUAACAAUAUCAGUUCUUGUUUGAGCAAUAAAGUUGGUAGUGAUUUUGGGGUUAAUUGUGUACAACCCAAAUCUUCAGAUACCCAAAGUUCUUUACUUUCUCAAACUUUGAGCCAAUCUGGAACAGAUGAGGAGCCUCCAUCAGAAAGAUUGCCCAUUCUUGCAGGUGGGAUAGUAGCUCUGGGGAAGUUUGAUGCUCUCCAUAUUGGUCAUCGUGAGCUUGCAAUUCAGGCAGCAAAGAGAGGAAUUCCGUUUCUUCUUUCAUUUGUUGGAAUGGCGGAAGUACUUGGAUGGGAACCGAGGGCUCCCAUAGUUGCUGAAUGUGAUCGCAAAAGGAUUCUUUCAUCAUGGGCUCCUUACUGCGAUAAUGUAAUCCCCAGGGAACUCCAGAUAGAUUUUUCCAAAGUUCGAAAUCUUACGCCUCGUCAGUUUGUGGAGAAGCUGUCCAAAGAGCUGGGAGUACGAGGAGUUGUUGCUGGCGAGAAUUAUCGUUUUGGAUAUAGAGCUGCUGGUAAUGCAUCAGACCUUGUGGAGCUCUGUGAAGAGUAUGGAUUAGAAGCUUAUAUAAUCAAUUCUGUCAUGGACAAGAAUCAAAUUUCUGGAGCCUUAAACUCUCGUUACGGAAAGGAGAUAGGGCAAGUAUCAUCUACUCGUGUUAGGUAUGCCCUUGACAAGGGAGACAUGAAAUAUGUGUCAGAGCUGUUAGGUCGCAACCAUCGUCUAGUUUUAAUGAUGGAAGACCAAGAAAAUUUUACUAGUGAGAGAAAUAGGCUGUCAGCUCCAAAGUCUUGUUUGUUGAAUCUUGCACCCAAGGAAGGUCUUUAUGAGAAUUGUUCAGUUUUGAUUGACAAGAAUCAUAUACCCUGCAGAGUAAUAGUUGAUACAACAGAUAUUCAUUUGGAAUGCUAUGAGGUAGCUAAUUUUUCCUGUGUUACUUCUCGAGACUUAAAGAUAUUGGGUAUUGACUUUGGUAGUCCUGAGUUAGAUGGAGUUCAAAUUUUGUAAUUCAUUCCCUAUAAUUCAUUUAGUGCAACCAUUUCUGAA